AUGCCGCCCGUGAGAGACCCGACUUUUCUCGCAUACUCGGCUGCUCAGGCUGCUGCCUAUGCCAAGUCGAGGAUGGCGUACCCGCGCCGUCUCUACGACUACAUCCUCGAGUACCACGGCGCAGGUGCGACGACGAAGCUGGGGACACUGCUCGAUGUCGGCUGCGGUCCUGGCAACUCGACGCGAGAGUUUGCGCCGCGCUUUCACAAGGCCGUCGCCAUCGAUGGCAGCGCCGCCAUGAUCGAGGAGGCCCGGCGGCUGAGCACGCUGCCGAUCCAGUUUGAAUGCAAGACGGGCGAGCAGUGCGCCGAUGUCGUCGACGAUGAGUCGGUCGAUGUCCUGACGUCGGCCAUGGCUGCGCACUGGCUCGACAUGGACGCCUUCUGGCCCGCGGUCGCAAGGGUGCUCAAGCCGGGCGGCACCGUGGCCAUCUGGUUCGUGUACGCGAUGAAGUGCCACCCGAGCACGCCGAACGCGCCCCAGAUCGAGGCCGUGCUGCAGGAUCUGGACAGCAGGGUGCUGCUCGACUACCAGCAGCCGGGCAACAAGCUCGUCAUGAACGGCUACAGAGAUCUGGAGCUGCCCUGGACGAUUGCAAAACCUGUGCAGGCGUUUGACAAGUCUUCCUUCCAGAGAAAGGAGUGGGACAAGGACGAAGACGGAGACUUCUUUGGCGGGCAGAGGACGUCGUCGCUCGAAGAGGUGGCUGCCGCCCUCUCGACGACGAGCGCCGUGACACGGUGGAGGGAGGCCAACGCCGGCUCAGGCGCUGAAGACUGCGUCGAGGCAGCCGUGGCAAAGAUCAGGCGGCUUCUGGGCUCCCAGCAUGACUACAUCACCUGGGGCGGACCGACGACGAUGCUGCUGUUCAAAAAGAAAAAGUAG